CUGAAUAGAGAGGAAGAGCCACCUUCAUAGCUUACAUGUGAUUCCUCUGCCUAUACAACCCAGUGCUGGAUUUGCUUACUUGGGCAAGAUAGCUGCAUUGUGCACUGUAUUUAAUGUUUCGUGUACUGUGACCCUGGGUCUUUCUUUGCAUCGCUGCCGUCAAACCUCAAUCCUGCCAAUCUAAAACUCCUGCCUUCGUUUACCUGCCCUUCUCCCCGUGGACUCCCCGUGCAUUCAUCCACAAUGAAUGUCAUCUUUUUAUUUUCUGAUUUUCUUUUACUUUAAUCUUAAACUCUGGCAAGACUUUCACUCUGUCCUAUAAAUUUUUAGCUGUCAGCCAAUUUCCCCCCUGCUUCGGUAAUGGAACAUCCCUCAGGCUUUUUCUCUGGUGCUUUUCUGGUUGUAGCCCUGAAACCCAAGCAUUUGUAUGGCGAAUUGAGUAAGCAUUCGCCUGGCGUUUCUGAAUCGUAUACUCGGAACAACUCUGGUUUGGCCCCUUGAAGUUGUUGUGCUUGCUUAGUUUUUUCUAGAUUUCCUUGACUCCUCACUGCCUCUGUUUGGGUGGAUAGUAUAGUCUUUACAGCACCUCUCCAGGGAGACAGUAUCAGCUGACCAGAGAGGUUUCUCACCGUGAGGAAGUUAACUGUUAUCUUUUAAUUGAAUAGUGUUUAGUAGUUUUAAAGUUUUUCCAAUUAGAGAUCAAAUUGCUAUACAUUUCUGAGAUGAGUGAGGUAAAUGAAAGAAGUGAAGCAAGAUUUUUAAAUGUCAAGUAGAAUGUGGUUCACUAAGAAAGCCAAAUGGUGUAUCUUGUUGGAUUUGGUAGCUGACUCAAAUGGGAGCUGCAGUCUCCUUUUUCCUGGACUCUGGAGCAUCAUGAUCUCUGAUUUAGAGAAGGUUUUUAGUUGGUUUAUUUAGGAUUGUUGAUCCAGCCACCCAGUCUUUUAAUUAUAUGCUUUGAUUAAGCAUUUAGAGGAUAAUGUAUUGUAUAAUCUUUUCUGUGGGUGGUAAGAAUUGGAAGGUCUCCAAAUGUCCUUUUUAUCUAUGUCUGGAGCUCUCAAGUGAAUCCUAGUGGGUCUAAAGGUAGCAGUUAAGCCAAUGUUUGAGUUCCCCUCCUCCCCACCAUCUUAGGGGGUGUGCCUCUUUAAACAGACUGUCCUUGGAUUUUUGGUGUUUAUUAGACCUACAAGAAAUUGCUUAUAUGUAUUUAUAUCUUGAAGGAAGGAAAGUUGAUUUGGAAAUCUUUUUAAUGUUAUUGCAGUACAACAGAUUAUUAUCAUGGUUUUAGACAUUACCAAACACAUUUGUACUAAUUGUAAACAUGUGUUACAGGUGUACACUCCAAGUAAAAGAUGUGUCUAGCUGUCAGAGAUCGAUGAUUUCAGCAUUCACAUUUACAUAACCGAAGAAAAUUGUAAGCUCAAUUUGGUGACUUUGAAGAAAUGUCUUUUCUCUGGUUUCUCUCCACAUAUAUUAUCAAAAUUUGGUGACUUUAUUUUUGAUAAGGAGAAUAUGUGUUUGCAGUUAUAGGGAGAAAUUGGUAGGUUUUCUUAUGCCUUUGACACUUCCUCAUAAGAGUGGCACCCUUCUUUGGCUUCUGGGGUAACCCUUAGUGACAUCUGAGUGGACUUUGCUGUGCUGUAGGCAGCCAGUAAGUGGUGAGAAGGACACCGUUUCCAUCUCCAUUUAUGGUCUUAGGAGGGGACAGAGUUGGGACUCUAUUUACAGUUCUUGGAGGAGUCCAGAGUAGUUGGGGUGUUCUUGGAGGCAGAAACUAGACAUUGUAAAAUAAAAAUAAAUUGUCACGGGCUGUUUGCAAUUCAAAUUCCGAUCUCUGAGGAGGGCAGAGGGUGCUGGGAAAGGGGAGUAUGUGAAGUCAAAUGAGAUUUGCAGUGCUUGCCUCUUCUGUUGAGAGAUUUGACCAUGACACACAUUUUCCAAGUUUACUUUUCUGGAUUGUUUUUAGAUGGUUUUGUCCUAUGGGGUCACAAUUCUCCGUUAUAAAAGAAAGCCAAGAUGAUUGAUUUUUAGAGGGUUUAUAAGAAGCCUCAGUUUUAUGUAAGGAUCAUUUGAGGUGGUGGGGGAGAUGCCAUCUCAAUGAAACGGACAAUGGGCAGAUGCUCGUUUGGGGGUCUGAGGCUGCAGGGCGGGUGACCAUGUCUGAGGGAGGCAGACGAUCAUGUCUCAUGCUUUUAUUAUUAUUAUUUUUUCCCCAUGUGGAUUUCUGGCCUCAGAGCCCAGAUUUUAGAGUGUUUAAGGGAGUGUCUUGUAGAUUGUCAGCUGUGAUUUAAAGAUCCUGUACUUCAUGGAGAGCCAUAACGUUUCAGACUUGUUUUAAUUUGGUGAGACUAGGUCAUAUAUUGGCGUAUGGAGGGUAAUCUCUCCUUUAGGAGAUACGUUAUGUUAGAGAUAAACUAGUUUUAACAGUUAAAUUAGAAAAUAUUUAGGAGCCACUAGGGAAAAGGAGGCUUUGUCUCAAGAAAAUUCUGAGUGAAAUCCUGUGAAGAAGAACAAUUGGAAGGAAGAAAGGAAGGCAGAGAGCAAGUAGAGCCUGAAUGUGACUGAAGCUGAGACUAAGUUCUUGAUGUAUCUUUUAGCUUAUCAAGUAAGAUAACAUGAGGUGUACCAUUUAAUUCAGGAAAACUGGGCUAGCUUGAAAUGUGUAGUGGAAAUAAAGACCAUAAAAAGCGAGAGAGUUGAACAAGGCAACGAGGUUAUCCAGGUUUUUUCUGGAAGCUUGCAUAAUGGUAUUUAUUUGCUGUGUGCCAAGUGACAGAGAAAGAAGUGAGAUGACUCCCUUCCUCACCUUCCCCAAGAAAGACUGUUGACCUUGUUUGUUGCUGUGUUCAGCUAGCAAUUUGAUUUGGUAGAUUAGUAAAAUUUAGGUAUUAAUGUACUUGUUGUUGUGUCUGAGACUAGGGACUUAAUGACAUUAUUGAUUUGAUUUCUGCUUAAAUUGUAGACUUUUUUUUUCUUUUACCAUGACAGAGUGAGGUAGGAAGGAAAAAAGAGUCAAUAAGUGAUCUGCUUUGUCAGCUACUUUGUCUAGGCAACUGUUUUCCUCUGUUCUCCUUAACCAAGAGUAAGGAAGAUGUUUUUCACUUGGGGAAAUUCUUCUUUCUGUCUUCCUUCCCUCACGUUUUCCAAAUUCUGGGCACCAUAGCAGCUUUCUCUCCUGUGGCAGGAGCUGGAGUCAGAUGGCAGCACUAUGGAGGACUAUUCACAGGAGGACUGGGGAAACCACAGUCAGGAUCUCCAUGGCUAUCCAACAGAUCAGGAAUUGGAUGAAAUGCCAGUUUCAAAGAGAACAUUAAAAAUAAAACAAGAGUCUUCUGAAGAGGCACAGAAGCGAGAUACCAUGCAGAAUAUUGUACAGAUAUUGGAGUCGGUGCAGUUGAAAUGGGAACUGUUUCAGAGCUGGACAGACUUUUCAAGGCUCCACCUUUCCAAUAAAUUGGCCAUUUUUGGAAUUGGCUAUAACACCCGCUGGAAAGAGGAUAUCCGUUACCACUAUGCCGAGAUCAGCUCACAGGUGCCCCUUGGCAAGCGUCUUCGGGAGUACUUCAACUCUGAGAAACCCGAGGGACGGAUCAUUAUGACCCGAGUGCAAAAAAUGAACUGGAAAAAUGUUUACUACAAAUUUUUAGAGAUCACCAUUAGUGAAGCUAGGUGCUUAGAGCUGCACAUGGAAAUUGACUGGAUACCCAUUGCCCACUCCAAGCCAACUGGUGGGAAUGUUGUUCAGUAUUUAUUACCAGGAGGGAUUCCUAAAAGCCCAGGCCUGUAUGCCAUUGGCUAUGAAGAAUGUCUUGAGAGGCCGCUCUCACCAGAUGUGGAGCGCCAUGCCCUGGACCCAGGAAAAGAGGGCCGGGUUGACAUAGAAACCCUCUCGACACAAGCCUCACUACAGGUGGAGGUAGAACCCGCCCGCAUCACCUACUGCUACCUCGGAAUUGCUGAAGUCAGGACUCUGCAGCAGUGCUUGUUUCUACAUUUCCAAGCAAAUACCAAAACCUUCAGUAAAGAUUGGGUUGGUAUUAAUGGGUUUUUGUCUCAGAACUGUAUUGUGGAUCCUGGAGUUUCCCCCAAAUCCAUCUAUAUCAAAUUUGUAGAAGUAGAAAGGGAUUUUCUGUCCGCCGGCUCAUUAGUUGAGUGCCUGGAAAAAGCCAUUGGAUACCCCUUAAAAUUUAACAACUGAAUGUCAUCCUUCAUAAGGAUUUGGGCUUGUGCAUUCUUCUCCCUUCUUCCUAUUACCCAAACUACCCCACAUCCAGAUGCUGCCAUCGGACUCUUCAUGGGAGCUCUUUCCACGAUGAGACCAAUACAACCUCUGAAAAAAUCAUAGUAGACUCUGGGCAGAAAAAGCAGACCUCACCUGAAAUGCUCAUUUUGAGCAAGCAGGUCUUGCAUGGUAGGUCAGUUCUUUUUUAAAAAAAGAAAACAUCAAUUUUUAAAUGGAUUUUAGAGCCCUGAUAUAAACAGAUGUAGGUACAUUCCAUAUUGGACAAAACUUAUACUUUGAGUUUCAUAUGAAAUUGAAAAUUGUAUUUUUUUCACACUAUUUCAUUUUUACACAUCUCUAUAAGUAUUAUUUACAGCCUUGAAUAAAUAAGCAAUAGAUAGUGACAAGUAAAUUUUGAGUCACAGUUAAUAAGGCUGUUUUUCAGUAUUACCUUUAGCUACUAUUGUAUAUAAUUUAGAGUUUCAUUUUUCACCAACCAAGCGUUUUGCUAUUUCCAAUCAGUGUUGCCUGCAAAGACUUUGUUUAUGUGAUGUACAAACUUUUAUGGUUGUGUUGACAUUUAAACUAAAAAAAGAAAAAAAAAAAAGAAAUUAAAGGAAUUCCUGGCCUUUUGGGUGUGCUAGUUGAGCUUUUUGUAGCAGAGUAUGGCUGCAUGGUUGUGGGGGAAUAUUCUGGCUUUGCUGUAAGUGAACAGACAAAGGCUGGGAUGUGGCCCAGCAGGAGUCGUCUAGAAUCCACAAGGCCCUGGGCUCUAUCCCCAAACCUGAAAAGAAAAAGAAUGACCAGGACCACCCCCAACACACACACACACACACAAAAGAAAAAAGAAAAAAAAAAUCUCUAUUUUCUCUAUGUAUUAACAGUAACCAUACUCAUUUCUUGUCAGUUCUGGAGGUCAUUAGGAACUACACUAUUUCUUACUUGAAAAUGUAAUAAUAUCCUUUUGACUUUAGUAGUAUAAAUUCAUGAAACACUUUGUUUCCUUAUCUUUUUCUUAGUAAUUGGGUUAAGCCUCCUAAGUAGUGAAAGGACAAUUUAUGCCAUCUUGCUGUGGUCUAAAAAAAGAAAAUGAGGAUCCAGUAGAAAUACAGCACUAAUGACUUUGAAGUGUGAUUUAUGAGAGAAGCAAUUUGAAGGUGUCAAUCCAUUAAGCAAUGACUCGUACAUAGACCUCUUCUGAGCUUUUGGGGGGUUAGGGACCACUCCACAUGGAAGUUAGUACAGUUGCUAAGAAUAGUCUCCAGUAGUCAAGGAUCACUUUGGUCUCAUGGCAGGAACUUGCUGGUUUUGUUAUUUAUCUUUAAUGGUUCCUCAACAUCUAUCAAAUGUUCUGCUUUUAAUGGGCAGCAAAUCCAGAUUGGAACUCUUUAAGUCCUGAUUUUCUAUACUGUUGAAAAUAAAAUCACAAGCCAGG